AUGGCACCCAAGGACAAGAAGCGCAAGGCAGAAGAGGUGGAAGAUGCGGCAGACACUCCGGCUAAGAAGGCACCGCAUCAUGAAGACUUGCAAGGCAGAGAGAACGCUGCGACCGCGAUUGAGUGGCUUUCCAAGCUAGGCGUUGAUCUUGCUGCCAAUGAGACUGCCACCCCAGGUUGGAAAGAUGUCGUAGCUAUGGGCAAUCGAUGGGUAGAGAUGUUGGCACAGCAUCUGGUCCGCGAGAAGCAGUUCAUCAAGAUCAUGCAAAAUGCGCCUGACCUGUCCUCGAUCAGCAUCUCCAAGAAGUGGCUCUCUACUGUCAAUCUUCCCUAUCGCUACAACAAUUUCGACGACUUCAAGAAGUUCGACAGUCGUUGGUGGAGUGCUCCCAAGGGGGGCAUUGAGCGUCGCCUCGCGGUCGUGCAGCGCGCCAUCAAGAUCUACAGCGAAAAGAUCGGCAUGCAACAGACCUCAAUUGAAAAGACCUACAUCUCAGCACCAUCUAAUGACGAGGAGUCGAACACUCAACGCGAGAGCAUCUUUCUGUACUAA